AUUAUCAGCUUUCCAUUUCAGUGACGAUGACAUGUACUUGGAUAAAGCCGUUGGUUUGGCCAAUUCCUUGCAUGGUGCAUACAAGACCGAUUCGGGCAUUCCUUACUCUUCGGUCAAUUUAAAGACAGGCAAGGGUCUCAAGAAUCAUGUUGAUGGUGGUGCUUCGUCUACUGCCGAGGCAGGUACGGUCCAAUUAGAAAUGAAGUUUUUGGCUAAAUUGACUGGUGAGCAAGAUUGGUGGAAGCUUUCUGAAAAGGUAAUGGAAACUCUUGAAGCCAACAAGGCACAGGACGGAUUGGUUCCUAUCUUUGUCCAACCAGAUACCGGUAAAUUCCGUGGGAAGUUAAUCAGAUUAGGAUCUAGAGGUGAUUCGUACUAUGAAUAUUUGUUGAAACAAUACUUGCAAACUAAAGAGCAAGAACCUAUUUACUGGGACAUGUACCGUGAAUCUGUUGCCGGGGUCAAGAAGCAUUUAGUUCGUGAAACAUAUCCUCUGAAAUUAAAGUUUAUUGGAGAAUUGGAGCAUGGUAUUGGUGGACAAUUGUCACCUAAGAUGGACCAUUUGGUUUGUUUCUAUGGUGGAUUGCUCGCCUUGGGUGCCACUGGAGGUUUGCCAGUUGAAGAAGCAAGAAAGUUGAGUAGUUGGAAUGCCCAAAAGGAAUCUGAUUUUAAGUUGGGUGAAGACUUAACCUACACUUGUUACAAGAUGUACCAUGACGUUUCUCCAACUGGAUUAUCUCCUGAAAUUGUUGUCUUUAACCAGGACCCAGCAGUCAAGGACGAUUUCUACAUCAAGCCAAACGAUAGACAUAACUUGCAACGUCCAGAAACUGUCGAGUCGUUCUUUUACCUCUACAGAUUGACUGGAGAUGAAAAGUACCGUAAGUGGGGUUAUGAAAUCUUCCAAAAUUUCAUGAAGUACACUAAGGUGCUCAAUGGUAAGGGAGAAGUAUCCUUCUCGUCUCUUAGUGAUGUUACUUCCUUGCGUGGAGAUGGAUCUUCUAAAUUCAAGGACAAUACUGAGUCUUUCUGGUGGGCAGAAACCUUGAAGUACUUGUAUCUUUUGUUUGACGAUAGCAACAAGGUUCCAUUGACUGAUUACGUGUUCAAUACUGAAGCCCAUCCGUUCCCUAAGUUUGAUUUGAGUGAUCAUUUAAAGACCGGAUGGAUCAGGAAAAUCGACGAGAGUAAGAAGCCAAUCAUGAUGGAGUCGAAAGUAAAGAUUGACAAGAGUAAUCCACCUGUUGCACGACCAGUUGAUAAGUCUGCUGAAGAGGCUGCGAAGGAGGUGCUUAAAGAGAAUCCAAAGCUUGCUGAGGAAGAGAACAAGCAGGAAAAUCAACAAAAGAUGAAUAAAAUCAUCGAAGAGAUUGCCAAAGAGGACAAGUAGUUACAUAGUGUAAGUAUAUAAUAGAGAAUUUGAGUUAUU